ACAGCCAUACAACGCGAACGCUAGCUCCUUUAUAUGAUCUUUAUCUUUAUCUUUAUCUUUAUAUGAUCUUUAUCGUGCUGUUUUUUCUGUAUGCUCUUGGAAAUUGUGUUAUGUAACGUUAGACAUCUGUUUUAACGCUGUAAAUACGGCCUGUCCAAACGUUACUUUUGCUGGCAGUUAACGUUAGUUGACAGCCCUGAUGGUGGUCGUAGUUACGCUGUGUGGUGUCCUCCCAGCAAUUCGGUAGAUGUCCACCCCUUCAGACACAUCAGGUGGUAUGUCCCAUCCUGGCCCUUCUCCUGGGGCAGGUCUAUCCCCAGGGCCCAUCUUGGGCCCCAGCCCUGGACCGGACCCCUCACCAGGCUCUGUCCACAGUAUGAUGGGACCCAGUCCUGGACCUGGAACACCCAACGCACCUCAUGGCAUGCAGGGCCAGGGACAAAGUGAUUACUCUCAGGACAGCAUGUAUCCAAUGCACAAGACCAUGGAGGGGAUGAAUGACAAGUCCAUGGCAGAUGCAAUGCACUUCGGUCACAUGAAAGGUGUAGGGAUGAGAUCUCUGCAUAGUGGUAUGGGGCCGCCACAGAGUCCUAUGGACCAGCACAGCCAAGGAUACAUAUCCCCACAUCCAUCCCCCAUGGGUGUGCAUGAGCAUGCUUCUAGUCCCAUGUCAGGAGGUGGAGGUGGUGGUGGACCUACACCGCCCCACAUGCCUCCUUCCCAGUCAGGCCCUAUGAUGCCCAUGGAUCCCCAGGGAGCCAUGUCCAACAUGGGCCAGCAGGGGCGCGGACCUUCUGCUUUCAGUCCGAUCCAGCUGCAGCAGCUCCGAGCUCAGAUCCUGGCCUACAAGAUCCUAGGCCGUGGGCAACCCCUGCCUGAAAACCUCCAACUGGCUGUUCAGGGCAAGAGGAGCCUACCCACAAUGCAACAGCAGCAGCAGCAGCAGCAACAACAACAACAGCAGCCGCAGCAGCAGGCACCUAGUGCUAGUCCUUACAACAGGCCUGCAGGUAUGCCAAUGGCACCUAUGGGUGGUCCCCAGUCAAGUCCCUGCCCUACCCCAACCAUGCAAGGACACAAUCAAAGCACAGGACCCAAGCCUUGGUCUGAUGGUCAGGUUGGUGAAAAUCAAGCCAAUGCUCAGAAGCACCUCACCCCUGCUGCCAGUGGACGCCCAUCCCCUGCACCUCCUCAGGCCUCUGCUGUGCCAGCUGGGCCCAUGCCGGGCAGCUCAGUUGCCCCUCAGCCUCCCGGGCAGCAGGUGUCCCCCAUGCUCCAGAUGCAGCAGAAACAGAACCGCGUCACGCCAAUCCAGAAGCCCCAGGGCUUGGACCCAGUGGGGAUCCUGCAAGAGAGAGAAUACAGAUUGCAGGCUCGGAUUGCACAUCGAAUCCAGGAACUGGAAAGUUUACCAGGCUCUCUGCCCCCUGACCUGAGGACUAAAGCUACAGUGGAGCUCAAGGCAUUGCGUCUACUCAACUUCCAGCGACAGCUGAGGCAGGAUGUGGUGGCAUGUAUGAGGCGAGACACGACCCUGGAGACGGCCCUCAACUCGAAGGCUUACAGGCGCAGCAAGCGGCAGACGCUGAGGGAGGCACGCAUGACUGAAAAGUUGGAGAAACAGCAGAAGCUCGAGCAGGAGAAGAAGCGCAGACAGAAACAUCAGGAAUAUCUCAACAGUAUCCUUCAGCAUGCUAAAGACUUCAAAGAGUAUCACCGCUCAGUGUCCGGUAAAAUCCAGAAAAUCACCAGAGCUGUCGCCAACUGGCACACCAACACAGAGCGGGAACAGAAGAAAGAGACUGAGAGAAUCGAAAAGGAGAGGAUGAGGAGACUGAUGGCAGAAGAUGAAGAAGGCUACCGAAAACUAAUUGACCAAAAGAAAGACAAGCGUCUGGCCUACUUGCUGCAGCAGACAGAUGAAUACGUGGCCAACCUCACCACCCUGGUGUAUGAACACAAAGCUGCUCAAGCUGCCAAGGAGAAGAAGAGGAGAAAGAAGAAAAAGAAGAAGGUGGAUGGAGAUGGUGAAGGCACCAGCGCCAUUGGACCUGAUGGAGAGCCCAUGGAUGAGAGCAGCCAAAUGAGUGAGCUGCCAGUCAAAGUCAUUCAGACGGAGACUGGGAAAGUUUUGCAAGGAACGGAUGCUCCCAAAUCCAGCCAACUGGAGGCCUGGCUCGAAAUGAACCCUGGGUAUGAAGUGGCCCCGCGGUCAGACAGCGAGGAGAGCGGCUCAGAGUUUGAGGAGGAGGAUGAAGAGGAGGUAGCCAAGGCAGAAGCAGAGGAGAAGAUAAUUGAUCCCAAUGGAGACCUGGUGUUUGUGACGGCUGCCAAGCACAUUAUUGACUCACACACAUUUAGGUCGGCCAAGCAGGACGUGGAUGAUGAGUACAGUGUUCCUACCGGACAAACCAGCUCCCAGUCUUAUUAUGGUGUGGCCCAUGCUGUCAUUGAGAGGGUGGAGAAGCAGUCGUCGCUGUUGAUCAACGGCACACUCAAACAUUACCAGAUCCAGGGGCUGGAGUGGAUGGUUUCCCUGUACAACAACAACCUAAACGGCAUCCUGGCUGAUGAAAUGGGCCUCGGCAAAACCAUUCAGACCAUCGCCCUCAUCACCUACCUGAUGGAGUACAAGAGGCUCAACGGUCCCUUUCUCAUCAUUGUUCCUCUCUCGACUUUGUCUAACUGGGUCUAUGAACUUGACAAAUGGGCGCCCUCUGUGGUCAAAAUUGCUUACAAGGGCACCCCUGCUUUGCGCCGUGGGUUUGUCCCUCAACUCCGCAGUGGAAAGUUCAAUGUCUUGCUGACCACCUAUGAAUAUAUCAUCAAGGACAAGCAAAUACUGGCCAAGAUUCGUUGGAAGUACAUGAUUGUGGACGAGGGUCACCGCAUGAAGAACCACCACUGUAAGCUGACCCAGGUGUUGAACACCCACUAUGUUGCUCCCCGCCGCCUCCUUCUCACCGGUACACCACUGCAGAAUAAGCUGCCCGAGCUGUGGGCCCUUCUCAACUUCCUCCUGCCCACCAUCUUCAAGAGCUGCAGCACCUUCGAGCAGUGGUUCAACGCCCCAUUUGCUAUGACAGGAGAGAGGGUCGACCUAAAUGAGGAGGAGACCAUCCUGAUUAUUCGGCGUUUGCACAAGGUGCUCCGCCCCUUCCUGCUUCGCAGACUGAAGAAAGAGGUGGAGUCUCAGCUGCCAGAGAAGGUGGAGUAUGUCAUAAAAUGCGACAUGUCUGCUAUACAGAAGGUUCUGUACCGCCACAUGCAGAAAGGCAUCCUCCUCACUGAUGGCUCUGAGAAAGACAAGAAGGGCAAAGGAGGAGCAAAGACCCUGAUGAACACCAUCAUGCAGCUGAAGAAGAUCUGCAACCAUCCAUACAUGUUCCAGCACAUUGAGGAAUCUUUUGCUGAGCACUUGGGCUAUCCAAAUGGCAUCAUCAGUGGGCAUGAUCUGUAUCGAGCUUCUGGGAAGUUUGAGCUCCUAGAUCGCAUCCUGCCAAAGCUACAGGCAACCAACCACAGAGUCCUGCUCUUCUGUCAAAUGACCUCACUCAUGACAAUCAUGGAGGACUACUUUAGCUACCGCAACUUUCAAUAUCUGCGCCUUGACGGAACCACCAAGUCUGAGGACCGAGCGACACUGCUGAAGAAAUUUAAUGAGGAAGGGUCUCAGUACUUCAUCUUCCUUCUCAGUACCAGAGCCGGGGGCCUCGGCCUCAACCUGCAGGCAGCUGACACUGUUGUCAUCUUCGACAGUGACUGGAACCCACACCAGGACCUUCAGGCUCAGGACCGGGCUCACCGCAUCGGUCAGCAGAAUGAGGUGCGUGUGCUUCGUCUCUGUACUGUCAACAGUGUGGAGGAGAAAAUCUUGGCAGCUGCCAAAUACAAACUCAACGUGGAUCAGAAAGUCAUCCAAGCAGGCAUGUUCGACCAGAAGUCCUCGAGCCAUGAGCGCCGUGCCUUCCUCCAGGCCAUUUUAGAGCAUGAGGAGCAGAAUGAGGAAGAAGAUGAAGUACCCGAUGAUGAAACCCUCAACCAGAUGAUAGCCCGCAAUGAAGAUGAAUUUGAGCUCUUCAUGCGCAUGGACAUGGACAGACGUCGGGAGCACGCCAGGAACCCAAAGCGUAAGCCUCGUCUAAUGGAGGAGGACGAGUUGCCUUCUUGGAUCAUCAAAGACGACGCUGAGGUAGAACGGCUCACAUACGAAGAGGAGGAAGAAAAGAUGUUUGGCCGAGGAUCGCGCUGUCGUCGGGAUGUGGACUACAGUGACGCGCUGACCGAAAAACAGUGGUUGCGGGCCAUUGAGGAUGGAAACCUAGAAGAGAUGGAGGAGGAGAUCCGUCUGAAAAAACGCAAACGCAAGAGACGUCAGGACAAGGACUCAUCAAGCAGAGAUGACGGGGGGUCCAAGGCCAAGAAGAAACGUGGACGUCCACCAGCUGAGAAGCUCUCCCCGAAUCCCCCCAAACUCACCAAGCAAAUGAACACCAUCAUCGAUACGGUCAUCAACUACAGAGAUGGGUCAGGAAGACAACUAAGCGAGGUCUUUGUCCAGUUACCAUCCAGGAAGGAGCUCCCAGAAUAUUAUGAGCUAAUCAGAAAACCUGUGGACUUCAAAAAGAUCAAGGAUCGUGUGAGAAACCAUAAAUACAGGAGUGUGGGAGACCUGGAGAAGGAUGUCAUGCUGCUUUGUCACAACGCCCAGACCUUCAACCUGGAGGGAUCCCAGAUAUACGAGGACUCCAUUGUCCUUCAGUCGGUGUUUAAGAGUGCCAGGCAGAAGAUUGCCAAGGACGAAGAGAGUGAAGAGGACAGUGAUGAGGAUGAUGAGGAUGAUGAUGAGUCAGAGGCGGAAGCCAAGUCGGUGCGGGUUAAGAUCAAGCUGAGUAAGGAGGCGCGCAGCCAUGACAAAGGCAAGAAGAGGCAAAGCCGAGGGAAGGCCAAGCCGGUGGUCAGCGACGACGACAGUGAUGAGGACCUGGAUGACAAUGAUCAGUCAGACAAGAGCAAGAGCGACGAUGAGUGAGGACUUGAGGAUAUUGUUUAUAGCACUUAUAAACAAAAGGACAAUAUCUUCCAUUACUGUUGUUCAGAUUCAUAUUCUGUAUUUUUUAUUUUAUUUUACUUAAUUGACUGUCUGAAGUGUGUAUUGCCGCCCCUUCUCCCACCAGCUUGGAAAUGUUUUACCAAUAAUCGAUAAGCUACAGCAAUACCAAUCUGCUUAUAUUCCUGUUUUUAAGACAAUUUUGUAGUAUAUUUUUUAACUCUGUGCUUUACAGAUUUAAACUCUGUAUGAAAAAAAGGAGAAAAAAAAGGUCAUGCUCUACGUGAAUUUGCUUUAUUUGUACUUGCUUGCUUGCACUUUUAAAAAGUGAAAUAUUAAUAUCCACAUUUUUAAAAACAACAAAAAAAUAAAUAUAUAUAUAUAUAUAUAUAUAUAUAUAUAUAUAUAGAGCCAAGCACAUCCAAGAUAAUUUGGAGAGCCAUUGGUGAUAAAAAAAAAGUAAUCAAUCAAAUUGAAAAAUAAAAAUGUAUUCAUUGUUUCACUUCUUGCAGUGCCAAAUGUUGGAAUGUAGAGAAAUGUAUUGUGUUGCUAAACCCCUCCCCCAACCAGCGAUUGUGCAAUCAUAGCCUAGCAACCGUAACAAGGCACAGCAGGCCUGUCAAGCUUUAGAUUUCUCCACAUGUUGAAGCGGCAGGUUUAAAGGAUGGAUUGAACAGUGUUUAUCUGCUCUAAAGUAAGCUGCAAACGUUUGAUUGUCCAGUUUAAAAGUCCUCUACAAAUAUGAUGUAUUAUUAUUAUCAUCAUUAAAAACACGAUCAGUAGUUAUCAAGCGUUACAUAGCUAACAAUAACGUAACUACUAACUUCAGUGUGUAAUAUCCACUCAAACAAAAACUGCAAUCAUUAGCAUGUCUGACUAACUAGCUUACAGUAGUAACUUUCCAAGGCCAAGAAACCCAUCUAUAACUAACUAGGUUACAUUAUUUUGUGGCGUUAUUUGAUACAUGAAGUAAAGUCUGGUCCAGAACUGGAACAUCCACUCUAUAGUAUUUCCCCACUGAGUGGAAGCUGGUCCUAGAUACGAUCAGAGUUCAGGCUGACAUUACCCCCCCCCCCAGCCAGACUCGUUACCCGAGAUAGUGUUAUAUUUAGAUAGUAAAUAUUCCACCGUUGUUGAAAUCUGCGAGAAUGAAAAGCUUGACAGACAUAGCAACAGUAAUUAUGAAGGGCGGGGCUUAGCAAACAGUCAGUUACAAGACAACAAGAUUUUAAGUGUAUACUAUUAAACUAAAGUAUAUUUACAGCCAGCGCAACAAAAUAUCAGUUGUUGCUUGAAAUUGUAUUGAAGACGGCCAUAAAUUGCCAUAAAACUGCUUUUGUUGAAAAAAAUGUAACCUUACAUUAUGUAGGCGGCACAAUGUUUAGGUUAAGUCCAUGUGUUUCAUUUAUCAUUUCUUCUAAUGCUUUUAAGUUGGUGUGUAUCAGCGCAGAAGCUUUGAAUUUUGUUCGAACUUUUUCUCUCACUCAGAAAGGAGUGUUUGUGUUAUUUUGAUUGAGAAACUGAUCUGAGCAGUGUUUGUAUUUUGGCAGAAUAUUAAUGGGGAAACACCUUGUAUAGUUUAAUAAAACCAGCAUCUACCGUAGCAUUAAAUGUAGCUCUAAAAGCAAAUGUAGUGUCUAAAAGCAAGUUGCACCAUACGGUCUCAAUCAGAUUGUAAAAAACUAAAUCUUGCUGGAUUUUUAUAGACUAGUAAAAACAGUAGAUAACAGUAAAUAUAACAAAGAAAACAGUAUUACGGGAUUAAACAUUUGAAUGACAUUGAAUAUAACUAUAUUUUAAUGAUUUACAUAUUUGGAUUGAGGUGUGUUCCUAUAACAAAAGUUUUCGAGCCUUAAUUUCAUUGGUUUUUAUAUGUUGUUUGUAGCAUGAACUCUUUUGGCAAUAUACUGUGUACAUGCAGAUAUAUCAUUUCUGUUUGUGUAAUAUGUGCUUGCCGUCUCUCCAUAAGUGUGACUUAAUCUUUGCUUUCUUUGCACAGUGUCUUUGUGGUUGUAUUUCAUAGCCCAGGGCAAAUAAAAUCUCACAGAUUUUCAGCACAAAAAA